AUGGACAAAGACGUAACUAUACCGUCUCGUCCUUCAGGUAUCGGAUCAGGCCUUACUUACAUCGGAUCUUUCGAAGCCCUGAAGGUCAGCUUUACUACACACAGGAACCUGGCGUUUGGCUUUGGAGGUUUCAUCAGUAGCAUGGGCAUUGUGGUUUAUCCUCCGCUGUUGCAGUACCUCAUUGACACGCUGUACUGGAGGGGGAUGUUCCAAGUGAUGGCAGCUCUCUACCUCAACAUCGUUGUCACAGCCUACUUGUUUCCAGGUCGAGAGGAAGCGUCCCCGGAUGAUGACGUGGACGUUAUUAGCGACAUUCUGACCGACAUCAUCGUCACAGAGAGAUUUGUGGAAUACGAGCCAGGUGAUGAACUCAGAGUGUAUGAAGUUGACGUCGGGGUUCAGGACGACUUCAGUGACCAGAGCUCCAGUGAUGCGGCUUCGCAGACAAAGCAGGAUGUUCAGUCCAUUAAACUGUCAGCUGAUUAUGAUGAUAAUACCCAUAUAGCGAGUCAGGCCAUUGAACAAGGAGACCUGUCUGUAGCGGAUUCUGUUGAGAAAGAACCUGAAAAUACCAAUGACGACGAUACACCUGAAUCUGCAAAGAGUCCACUUAAAGAUAACGCACCUGGUAAGAGUACAGGUGAAGAUGACAAACCUGAAAUGACUACAGAUGAAGAUAACACACCUGGAAAAAACACAGAUGAAGAUAACACACCUGGAAAAAGUACAGAUGAAGAUAACACACCUGAAAAAAGCACAGAUGAAGAUAACACACCUGAAAACUAUACACAUGUAACGUUUGAUGCUGGAAAGAAUAACACUGAGGACGAUGUCAGGAACUACGACACUAUUCAGAUCAUCAAAACAAAGUUCGAGCCUAACGCCUUUGGUGUAUCAGCAGCCAUUGGGAAACUGAUCCACGGCUUUCUGGCUACCAACAACAGAGUCAACCCAGCUUUUCUUUACAUUGGUUUUGGGAUUUUGGCCGGUUUGUUGACGUUCGUAUUUCUCAUUGACAUUUCCCUCGUGGUGCUGUACGGCUAUGUAGUGUUGUUCAGUAUAUGCUAUGCAAGCAGAGGAGGUGCUGUGUUGCCAGCCAUGAUGAUCCGUCUGGCAGGAGAAGACAACUUCGCCCUGGCCCUUGGUGUCUAUAGCCUUGUGACUGCUGUAGGCUAUCUUGUUGGAGCACCUGUAGCGGGCUGGAUUUUCGACUCCACCCAUUCCUACAAGUGGCCCUUCGUCAUGUCGGCCAUAUCCCUGACGUCAUCAUCGCUCAUCCUUCUUGUACCCUGCGCCUGGAGGACAAAGUCCUGA